GUUUCUGGGGCUUGCAUAGAGAGAAACCGGCUGCCGUCAUAGCGUUCAGCCAUGGGCUUCUCCAGUUUGCAUGAGGAGCUGGCGCAAUUCUGGGCCCAGUCCAAAGCCGCGCGGGGUCAAGUACUUGAUCAAAAGCCCUCUGUGGAGAAAGGCACUUCGGCACUUGUCGCUGGCUCUGACUCUUAUACUUCUCAAGUUGGGCAGACAGUCUCUGUGGAACCCAGCUCGGAGAGGCUCCAGCAGAGAGCUGAGGAAAAUGGCGAGGAGAAGAGGUGUGAAGAUCUGCUCCCCUUGAAAGUGGAUUCAGCGAAUAGCGAUGAGGCAGAAGAAGGCGAACUCCCAGACGAGAGUGUGGAGAAGCUCUCAGCGGACGUCGAAGGGGAUCUAUCCGAAGCUGAUGACAAGAGCAGCGAGGACAUCGGAGAGACAUCUGAAGAAGCCGAAGACCUGGAAAGUCAAGAGACUGAAGAGGAGGAUGAGGAGGCAUCAGAAUCUGAGGAGGGCGGCGCAGCACCCUCCGAGCCACGGCCGGCCUCGCCCUCCUCGCGCUCCUCACGCUCCUCGCGCUCCUCACGCUCCGUGCUUCGACGUGGCAAGCGGAAACGCUCGCGGGACGAGAGAAGCCAGGAGGUGAACAAAAGAGGUUGGGGCAAGCGACCACCCCGGCGAGCAGAAUGGGCUGGCACCCGUGCUGAGCUGGGAUUGCCAUCACCAGGUGGCUCGCGACGUCAUCGGAGCAGUGGAAGGAGCCGCAGGAGUCAUACCCCACGGCGAGGGCUGAGAUCUUUCAGAAGUCGCACGCCACCGGCCCCCAAGCGCUCUAAACCAGGCCGUCAAUCCAGGUGGGAUGUGAGGCCUGAUCCGACCGAUCCCGAGCAGAAGUUUCUGAGUCAACGUGGCUUGGCCGAGUCUCUACUGCCUGGUGGCAAGAAGCGUCGGGAAUGCUAUGUGGGCAACCUGCCGCAGAACAAGGUGGAUGAAUCAAUGCUGAAGGAAGCCUUCAACCGGCUCUUCUAUGCCAUACCCAGCUUCAUCGAGCGAUAUCCAGAUGUUGUGGACACAGUCAAGUCUGUCUUCUUUCCUCCCAAAUCUGAAGGUAUGUUUGCCUUCGUGGAAUUCGUGGAUGAUGUGCUCACUACCACCGCCAUCGCUAUGUCUGGCUUUGAGCUUUGUGGACGAGCAGUGCGUGUGGGACGACCCCAACACUACAUACUUCCCCCAAAUGGUGAGAUCCCAGCGCUGGAUUUGCAGCCUUUGCGUGAGAAGGGCCUUCUGCCACCCUGCCAGGAAGACUGCAAGGUGCAAGUGUGCAACGUUAUGAGGGAAGUGUACUUUGGGAACCUCGUCAUAGGAAUGGUGGAUGAAGAGGUGAUGCGGGAACUGGUGGAGCCUGCCAUGCAAGAGCUGCCAGAGUAUGUGGCAGACCAGGGCCCUCCCAUCACGAAGGUCACCCUCAUGGAUUCGGGCAAGUACUGCUUUGUGCGCUUUCAAAGUCCUGAACUUGCGACCCGGGCAAUCUCAAUCUUUGACGACACCGAACUUUUUGGUCGUCGACUUCGAGUAAAUCGGCCAAGCAAGUAUUCACUGACAUUGGAGCCUGCAGCAGCAGGUGCUGCAGCUGCCAAUGCCUUGCUCCAGGCUCCGCCGCCUUUGCCACCAGUAGCACAGGGAGUGCCACUGGCGCCAGAGCUCAUUCAGGUAGCAGCUCAGGAGUUGGCGGCAGAGCAGAAGCGUGAUGUCGUUGCGGUUCCGUAGCAGAAUUCGCAGAUUAGUGCAACUUUGCUGUGUCUCAAAAGAGGGGAAUGCUUGGGCCCCAAUCCUUC